GAUGAAAGUAUGUGAACCUGUUGAGAUCAUGCAUUCAUAUUUCACCUGCUGGAGAAAAUAAACCACAGCUAAUGUCUGAUCAUUUAAUAGUCCAAACAAUGAAAAUGCGGUUUUAAAUAACAAUAUCUUCUUCAUCUACAAGAAAGAGCCAUGAGAGUGAGUGGUCAGAAUCUGAUUUCUGAUCCUGUCUGAUUAGGAUUUGUGAAAUAUUAAAGUCUGCAGCACUUUUCCUCUCCGGUCCUGUCUGCUGUGGAUUCAGCUCAGCAUUAAGUCCUCGUCUAUCCCUUUAAAGUGGUGUCUCAUUACACAACAUGAAGGACGACUUUAAAACCGGUCUGAUACAGGAAUAGAGCUGUAGGUGGAGACCUGGAGAGAGACACCAGCAUGUGAUUAUGGGUAAUCCCUCUUUAAAUAACUCUGAACGGUAUUGUGUAGGACAACAGAGAGGACGCCUGUACCUGUGCACUUUAAACUGAGAUACAUCAGCGAGUCGACCGGAGGUCUCAGCUCAAGAACCACCAUGAAUUUUGCCGCUCAGUUGAUCUACGCCAAGUUUGUGAACGACAGCGGCUCGCCGGCACACCAGACGCCGAGAAACUUCAAUGACAGCGAGGAGUAUGAUCCCUUCUGGCAGAGGUGGGAAACUGUAGAAUCUCAAUGUGGUAGAGAGUUUCAAACUUCUGCUUGCCAGAGUCCCAUUGAAUCUGAGAGAUGUGCUGGUUCAGAGACAGUCAUGAGUGAAACCGUAACUUCUGUUAGAGACCGUGUAGCCUUUCCUCUGUCUUCCCCGUCUCAUCCUGAGCUUCUCCCAACCCAAGAGCGCCUUAUUCCUGCACCUAACACCCGUGAGACAUCCAAGCCUGCCGUGAUCUGCCAAAGACUAAGAGAUGCAUCUGUUUUGAACACCGCAAGAGAAGAAGGAAUGAAAACCCCUCGUACAUCUACAGCUCCCGGUCCUCAGCCUGCCAGGGUUCAGGCCGGAGCUUCAGAGAUGGAGUGGGUUCCUCCAGCUCACAAACCUCCUGAUCUUUCUUCUGUAGCUACACCAUCUAAAGAGUCCUCUCUUCUCUCCAGCCUCCCUCCAUCCCUGCAGCUUACGGUCAGUCCAGAAAACACAGCGAUCCUGCCACUCCUUCAAGCAUUAGUCUACCUCCUUCUCAAACUCUUCCUCACCUUCAUCCUUUUCUUCCUGCCACGCGCACAGCAACGGAGAGCUUCCACCAAACCCGACUGCUCCUUCCACAGCGGCCCGUGCCUAAAAGAUGGACACGUAGUCAACGGACGUACCGGUCGUCGCUCGACCCUCAUCUGCCCCGAGCGGCUUAAAGAUUUUGGAGCUGAGGAAUACCUCAAUGGAGACGUGAAGGUCUUUGAGACCAGAGUCACAGAAGCACCAGAGGUCCAGUUAACAUCCACACCAAAACCUUCGACUAAGAAAGGCACAGAGAGCGAGUCGGCAUCUAAACCAGCGAGCGAGUCUCUCCGCUUUGAGGACAUCAGCGCGGCGGCAUUUCAACUCCAAAAGUCUGGAAUUCAGAAAACUCCCUGCAGCUACUCAAGACUCUCCAAACAGUACGGGAUGGAAAUUUACUUGAAGAAAGAGCAUCUUCAUUACACUGGAUCAGUGAAGGAGAGAGGAGUCGUGUAUCUGCUGUCCUCACUACAACAGGAACAGCAGAAGAAGGGUGUGAUCGUGGCCACGGACUGUAACUUCUCAAUGGCGGUGGCUCAUCACGCAGUAGAGAUGAGGAUUCCAGUAUUCGUCAUCAUGCCGGCACAAACCUCCCUGGCCCGGCUUCGUACGUACAGAGACUAUGGCGCCAUGGUGAUCUCGUACGGCAGCACCGCCCGAGACUCGGCCAAUCACGCUCGCCAUCUCGCCAAAGAGAACGGAUAUCUGUGCCUGGAGGAACAUGACAGCGCUGUUUAUCUGGCUGGUCUGGGUACAGUGGGGAUUGAGAUCUGCGAGCAGGUGACUAAACUAGACGCUGUGAUCAUUCCUGCGGGCGGUCACUGCGGUCUGUUGGCAGGGACGGCGGCUGCCAUCAAACACCUGAACCCUCGCAUCCGUGUCAUAGGCGCUGAACCAGACGAGUUUCCACUUCUACUGCAGUCGCUCAAAACAGACUCACCUAUCAAAGAUCUCUCCUGUAACCCCAAUAAAAAACUUUACAGAGAUUUAGUGGAGCACUCGCUGGGGACGCUGACAUUUCAGCUGGCUAAGAAAAUGGUGGACAAAGUGGUUUCUGUGAGGGAGACAGACGCUCUAUUGGCCAUGUUGAGAUUUCAGGAGUAUGAACACUCGACCGUGGACAUCGAGGGAGCGAUGGGUUUGGCUGCCAUCUUAGCCGGUCAACUGCCAGAACUUAAAGGCAAAAGGGUGGCUAUAGUGGUGAGCGGUGCUAACAUGGAUCUGGACGUGAUGAUGAAGUGUGUAGAGCGAGCUUUGGUCCUAGAUGAUCGAGUCACUCGCUUUACUGUACAGAUGUCUGACUGGCCUGGAGAUAUGGCCAAACUACUGGACGUACUGGCUCGAGAGGACGUCCGGCUGUUGGAUGUUUGUCACAGGAGAUACAGUGAUAAAUCAGAUCUCUUUAAAGCUCAGGUCCAGUGUGUUGUUGAAACAACUGAUAAAACUCAAAACUGUCAACUGAGACGAACACUGUCAGAACGAUACCCAACACUGCACUGGCUGGACUGAUGAUCAACACACGCACACACUACACACACACAUACA